AUGGCAAGCGAAGAGAAUGGUCAAGAUCCUCCCAAGCGAGAUGUUCGCAACCACUUGCUUUUUGAGAUUGCAACAGAAGUCGCCAACCGCGUGGGAGGUAUCUACUCCGUCCUCAAGUCCAAAGCUCCAGUGACCACGGCCGAGUAUGGUGAACGAUACACACUGAUCGGCCCGCUCAACCGCGCGUCCGCAGCGGUCGAAGUCGAGGAGCUGACGCCCUCCAACCCUCGACUGGUCGAAACGAUCCAGUCCAUGAAGGAACGUGGCAUCGAGAUUGUCUAUGGUCGCUGGCUGAUUGAAGGCGCUCCCCGUGUGCUGCUGAUUGACACAUCGACCGGAUACAAGUACUUGGACGAGUGGAAAGGCGACCUGUGGAAUACCGCCGGUAUUCCUUCUCCCGCGGGAGACACCGAGACAAAUGAGACCAUUGUCUUCGGCUACUUGGUGGCAUGGUUCCUGGGUGAAUUCAUUGCGCACGAGCGUCGCAAAGCAGUCGUGGCGCAUUUCCAUGAAUGGCUCGCUGGAGUUGCCCUCCCCUUGACCAAGCGGCGCCAUAUGGAUUUAACCACGAUCUUCACCACCCACGCCACAUUGCUCGGUCGCUACCUAUGUGCGGGGUCGGUCGACUUCUACAACAACCUGCAGCACUUUGACGUCGAUGCAGAGGCUGGUAAGCGCGGCAUCUACCACCGAUACUGUAUCGAGCGAGCUGCUGCACAUACGGCCGAUGUCUUCACGACCGUCUCCCACAUCACCGCCUUUGAGAGUGAGCACUUAUUGAAGCGGAAGCCCGAUGGUGUGCUACCGAACGGACUGAAUGUGAAGAAGUUCUCCGCGGUCCACGAGUUCCAGAACCUGCACUCGCAAUCCAAGGAGAAGAUCAACGACUUUGUUCGUGGACAUUUCUACGGCCACAACGACUUCGACCUCGACAACACGCUGUAUGUAUUCACCGCCGGUCGCUAUGAAUUCCGCAACAAAGGUGUGGACAUGUUCAUCGAGGGUCUCGCACGACUCAACCACCGUCUCAAGGCCAGCGGGUCGAAGACAACGGUCGUCGCAUUUAUCAUCAUGCCUGCCCAGACCUCCUCACUCACCGUGGAGUCGCUGAAAGGCCAAGCCGUCGUGAAGUCGCUUCGGGAGACAAUUCACAACAUCGAACAGGGCAUCGGGAAGCGGAUGUAUGAGCGCUCCCUGGCAUGGAAGGAGGGCGACAACAUGCCGGACGAGAAGGACUUGAUUACGAGUCAAGAUCGCGUUCUCCUGCGCCGGCGGCUGUUCGCCAUGAAACGCCACGGACUUCCCCCGAUUGUUACCCACAACAUGGUCAACGACCAUGAAGAUCCGAUUCUGAACCAGAUCCGUCGGGUGCAAAUGUUCAACCACUCGUCGGACCGGGUCAAAGUCGUCUUCCAUCCCGAGUUCCUGAACUCCUCCAACCCGGUGCUCCCGCUUGACUAUGAUGACUUCGUGCGCGGGACCCAUCUCGGAGUCUUCCCCUCCUACUAUGAGCCCUGGGGAUACACUCCCGCCGAAUGUACGGUGAUGGGUGUGCCCAGCAUUACCACGAACCUUUCUGGUUUCGGUUGCUACAUGGAGGAAUUGAUCGAAAACUCGUCUGACUACGGUAUCUAUAUUGUGGACCGCCGAAUGAAGGGGGUGGAUGACUCGGUGAACCAGCUCACGGACUUUAUGUUCAACUUUACGCAGAAGAGCCGGCGGCAACGCAUCAACCAGAGAAACCGGACUGAGAGACUGAGCGAUCUGUUGGAUUGGAAGCGCAUGGGUCUGGAAUAUGUCAAGGCCCGACAGCUUGCUUUGCGGAGAGCCUACCCCUCGUCAUUUGGAACCGGUGACGAUGUCUACGAUAUCAUUGGCGGCACAGAACAAAAGAUCUCGCGCCCUCUCUCGGUUCCUGGCUCUCCCCGAGACCGUUCGGGCAUGAUGACUCCGGGAGACUUUGCUUCCAUCCAGGAAGUCAAGGAGGGCCUCAGCACGGAGGACUAUGUCGCCUGGCGACUCCCAACCAGCGAAGAAGAAGAGCCGGAUGACCAUUACUUCCCUCUCACUCUCCGCACGAAGAAAUCCACCGAUCGGCCUGCUUCCCCGCUCGACCGGCUGUCGCUGAACGGUGAUUCAUGA